UAGUACCAGUAAGCUCUGUUUCACAUGUCUUCACAGUUCACAGUAAAUUUCACAUUUCGAAUUUCGAAUUUCGAAUCUUUCUUUCCCGAAAUCUCUUUUUGUUUUAUAUAUAGAGGAUGAGUAUGAGAGGAGAAGCUGAAGCGUGGCCGGAGAUGGAGGCGAUAACUAGGAAGAUGGUGGAGGAAGUUGAAACAGAGAGCAGCGGAUCGUCCGAAGCUGAGACUGAGUCUCCAAGAUCCGUAGGACGUUGGACGGCUAAGGAGAGAGUGCACAGCCAGGUCUUGAAGAUCAGAGAGGAGGAUCAUUGCGUUCUCGAGAAUCGUCGAUAUCUUCAUCGUCCACAUGGUCUCAGUUUCUUCUUGAUCUCGAGGCCGAACUUGCCGUGUUCACCUCUCAGUGGCAAAGUGAAAUCCCUUAACGCGAUUCAGUGAUAUGACUCUCCCAUGUCCCAUCGAUCAAAGGUGUUCUGUCCUGAUGCGUUUUCUUUUUUUAAGUUCUCUGUUUUUUCUUUCUUGUUCGUUGUGUUACUGGAAGAACUCUUUAGAGAGAGUCUUUCUCUUGUCAUAAUGUCAUGUGUAUAUAAACCGUGAAUGUAUAUAUGAGUUCAUGAAACUUUAUGCUAGACUUUUGUUUA